AUGGAAGAAACAUUAUGGAAGAAUGUAUCCCAAAACUACAUGCGAUUGCUUGAAGAUAAAGAUACUUGUGAUGUUUCUAUUGCCGUUGGUAGUGGGGAGGACAUAAAAACUUUUAAAGUACACUCGCUUAUUCUACGUGCCCAGACACCUUAUUUCCGCACCGCACUUUCAGCUCAAUGGGGAAAAAUGAAGGACGGGCAAAUGUUUUUAGAGAAACCAAAUGUUUCCCCAGAGAUAUUUGAUGAUAUACUUCUGUAUAUAUAUUCAUCACGGAUAAACUUGUUAGGAAAAUCAAUACAACACAUCCUUGGCAUUUUAUCGACGGCUGAUGAACUUAUUCUACCAGCUCUCACUGAAUAUGUUCAAAGUUUUCUUAUGCAAAAAUCACAAAAAUCAUUGGUACAGCAACAUCCUGUAGAAAUCUUAAUUGCGUCAUUUCAAAAUGUCGCAUGGAAAAAACUUCAAAAUUAUUGUAUAUCAAAAAUUUGUUCUCAACCAUGGAUGUUGUUUGAGUCACCUCUCUUUUAUAGUUUAGAUUCUUCAAUUCUUCUGGCAAUAUUACAAAAGGAUGAGUUACAAAUGGACGAAUCAGAAAUAUGGUAUCGGAUCAUACUAUGGGGAACCAUGAAAGAUGAACUGUUGCCGGAUGAUGUGGCCGAUUGGCAACAACGGGAUUUUGACAGUCUAAGCAUGAUUAUACAAGAAUUCUUGCCUCAUAUACGAUUUUUUCAAAUGUCAGCCGAUGAUUUUGAUUCCAAAGUAUCUCCCUAUAGACCUAUCUUUCCUGCUGAUCUAUAUGAGGAUAUAUUAUGGCAUUUUAUUAAACCUGAUAGACCUAAGAAGAAUCAAGUGCUUCCGAGGAGACAUCAUCCUUACAUAAGAG